AGUGCGGAGCUGUCACGGACUACCUGGAGGAUACCGAUCCUGCGGAGACUUCGCGCCGCUGUCGCAAAGACAUCGCAUCCGCGCGCGCCAGACACUUUCGGCGACUUCGCGGCUUUUCCUCCUUUCCGAUUUUCGCCACCCCCCACCCGACGUUUGCGCGGAGUUUCGCUGGAUGGGACAGAGUUGAAGGAGCUCCACCAUGGCGAGCCUUCUUCUUGCGCGUGCCGCUCUGCACGUGCUGCUGGUCCUGCAGUGCGGUCCGGGGGACGCGGCGGCGGCGGAGGGCGUCGGGGAAGCCGCGCGUCACAGCCGCGCCUCCGCGCACCGGAGCGCAAACCGGGACAUGGUCUCCAUCAGCAUGUUCAAGGUGUACGAGAAGUACAGCAAGGACCCGCGUCGGCAGAAGGACGGCAACACCGUCAGAAGUUUCAAAGCCGUCCCAGGUGUUUCCAAAAGUACGGAGUGGUUCCAGUUCAACCUGUCCUCCAUCCAAGACUCGGAGCUCAUCCUGUCCGCCUCCUUUCACUUCAUGCACAAGCGGCCCCGGCACCACCAGCGACCCUGGAUCUGCCGACGCUCCCGCAACCCCUCGUGCGUUUUCCAGACCCUGCAGGCCCCCUCGCCGCAGCUCGUGUUCCGAGGGACGACCCCCAACGCCGCCUCCGUGACGCCGCUGGGAAACGUGACUUUGGUGCCGCUGAAGAGAGGGACGUGGCAGGCGAGGGACAUCACCUCGGUGGUGAAACAGGCCGUGGGCACCAAUGAGCUUCUGAUCACCGUAGAAUAUGAGUUCGGAUCGGCGAGAUCCGAGCCGCAUCAGAGGAACCCUCCCGGCCAGGAGCCCCUCUCGUCGGCCAACCUGCCGUACAUGCUGGUCUACGCCGACGACAGAGCCAUCGAUGAACCCAACAGCGUGGCCGUGUCGCUGCAGCGGUACGGACCUUUCCCAGCUGGGGAGGACCGGCUCACCUUAACGGACUCGCGCCCUUCCUCUGCAGCUGCAAGGAGUCGGAGGGAGCUCCCUCUGGAUGAGAUUCAAACCAACCACCUUCCCGAGGUUCACUUCAACACCUUGAAGAACCACGAACUCUGGCAGAGCACCUAUCUCCCGCCUAAGGCCAAGGCGGCGGCCAAACAUGGCCGUAAGCAGGGCCAGGAGCUGGGCGAGGCCCCGGGUAAGCCUCAGGUGCUGAGCUUCGACGAGAAGACCAUGAAGAAGGCCAGGAGGAGGCAGUGGAGCGAGCCCAGGGUGUGCGCCAGGAGGUACCUGCGGGUGGAUUUCGCCGACAUCGGGUGGAGCGAGUGGGUUCUGGCUCCUAAGGCCUUCGACGCCUACUACUGCGCUGGCACCUGUGGAUUCCCCAUCCCUAAAGUGGUCCGUCCUUCCAACCACGCCACCAUCCAGAGCAUCGUCAGGGCGGUGGGGAUCGUCCCAGGCGUCCCGGAGCCCUGCUGCGUCCCCGACAAGAUGAGUCCUCUCAGCGUGCUUUUCCUCGACCAAAACAGGAACAUGGUCCUCAAGGUCUAUCCGGCCAUGUCCGUGGACACCUGCUCCUGUCGGUAGGACUCGGACCAGGACCGGGGGACCUGAAACCGACGAGGAUGUGCCUCCUCAUGAAGGACAUCUUGGGGAAGACUUAGAUUCAGCAGCAGAUCAAUGCAACGUGGAAUAUCUGGGGAUUAGGCGCGUCUCUGCAGGGAGAUUAAAGACAGUGCGGGUGAUUUUGGGAGAGCCGUGGUACUCUCAGUGCUACGGUUGACUUUCCCAGGACAAGUGGAAGCCGGGAAGGACUCUUAGCCACUCGAAAUUCCCUUUUUUUUUUUUUGAGGAACUUUCCACGUUUUGAUGGAUUCUGAACCAUGUGUGGUCCUUCAUAUAGUGUUUCUGACUCGCCUCAGAAUUGAAUACUGGAAUUUCCCCUUUAACCCAGAGACUCGGGAGCUACAGUGGACAUGGAGCCUGCACGGAAGUGCAUUUACACCCAACAAAAAUAACCAACUCUUAUCCUGUAAAUAGCCCUGUUACUCAUACAGUUACACGGUACCCACAUGGUGUCAGUAUGUGAUGAGGUGAAGUGCUGCAGCGUAGUUGAACGCCUCCUGUACGCCAACAAGAAUUUUGAAGAAUGCAUGGAAAAAAAUAGUAUUGGAAAAGUAUAUUUCAGUAUUCACUUGUCUGUAUAUUGUCUAUACCGUGGGGAUUGGGAGUGCACACUGACGCCUCCUGAGAUGAACGGUACAGUAUAUAUGAGCAACGUUUUUUUUUACCAGAGAAAGAAAUGGUGCAUUGCUGCCCCCUGCUGUGCGCUUUGGAGUAGUACGAGUGCCAGCAGUGCCAGUAGUAGAAUGGUAUGUACAGUUUGUAACGUGCACAAUAAUGCCAUUAAAUUUGUACUGCAAAUAAAAGGGAUCCCCUGUUGAAAUUUGCGUUUUCCCCUUAAAUCACUGUAUGUCUCAAGUGUAUUGAACGUUUUGUCUUGGUUUACGGCCACACUGACACCGACGUGUGCUUUUACAUCAUGUUUGCUUGGCAAGGAAAUAAACUUAAUUGUAAAUAU